UUAAUUCUUUCACUGUUAAGGUCUACUUUGAAACAUUUAGACCAAGACUAUGUAGAAUAGUAUUAACUCACUCUAAAUUUAAUUGUAAUCUACAUUAAAUUAUAAUAAAGAGAUAAAAACCCAGCAGUCUUUACGGAUAAAUUGCUAGAGAUCUUUGAAAGAUAGCUAUUAACUAGACAUACUUGAUGACUACAUUUAAUCUAAUAUUGACUUAAAUGUUAGUCUUAGAAUAGUUAGACUGGAUUUUAUCUAGAUUAGAUUAUAUUGAUAGUCUAGAUCCAUUCAUUAGUAUUAUAGUCAAGUGACAAGUUUUAUAUUUCUAAUAAAAGUUCCCGGGAGCUAGACUCUAAACAUACAAUAAUUUAUAAUGUGUACUUUUCGCCAAAGGAUGUAAUGUAUUGGAAAUAUAUUGGCAAACUUAUUUCGUUGACCAGAAUUUUCCGAAAGCAGAGAAUAUGUUUGAAAAUCGAAAGAAAAAAGACUUGCAUCGCAAUAUUAAUCCUUGUUCUUUUUUUGGGAUGGUUAUGUCUGAACCAUUCAUAUAUCGCGGUAGAGAUUCGUCCAGCAAGUGUAUGUGACCAACCCAGAGAAAUGGUGAAAGAUUGGAUAUUUCAAACCGAUCAUCUCAAAGGCUUUAAGAAAAAGUGGGUGGGUUUUCCAGACUUGGUAGACAUCGACUGCCACAAGGCUUUUAGCCGUAACGCCAUAAAUGAAAAGUUCCCACAGGAAGUCAGACGGACAUUCCCAGAAGACUACUUGAUUCUUAGCCGCAAAUGCCAAGAGUUCAGAGAAAAUAUGGGAUUCUAUCGAUACCCGGCAGCCUCACAAGAAGAAAAGGAAUUCCCACUGGCAUUCGUACUGCUGAUUCACAAGGACUUGGAUCAGGUUCUGUUCCUUCUCCGCGCCAUCUACCGGCCACACAAUGUCUAUUGUCUGAGCGUUGAUACUAAGUCUAGCGUUCAGUUUCUGGACGCUGUCCGUUCUGUGUCCAGGUGUUUGGCCAAUGUUUUCGUGGCCAGCAAGCUAGAGAACAUCGUGUACGCUGGAUUCUCUAGAUUACAAGCGGACCUUAACUGCUUCAAAGAUUUACUUGACCAUCCAGUGAAGUGGAAGUAUGCUAUCAACAUGCCUGGACAGCAAUUUCCUCUGAGGACUAACUUGGAAGUGGUGAAUAUCCUGAAACACUAUAACGGCUCCAAUGACAUUGAGUACGACAUACGGACGGUCAAGGAAGAUAUAGAAUGGCGGACAUCUUGGAUCCACAGUUACCUUAAAAUUAACAAGACAGAUCGAUUUGAACUGGUCAAAACCAAUAUCCCACACUCACCAGUUCCCCAUGGUCUUAAAGUGGUUAAAGGCAGCGCUUACGGAUCAUUCUCAAGAAAAUUCAUUGCUUUUGUUCUGAGUAGCCCAAUAGCCUUGGAUGUACUGGAAUGGUCACAGAAGAUCUACAGUCCCGACGAAAUCUUCUGGUCAACUUUAAACUAUGCUAAUAAUCUAAGUGUUCCAGGCAGAAGUAGCGCUAAUUCUUCGCGACAAUCACUGCUCAAGCUAUAUCGAACUUCCUACGCCACUUGGGAGUGGUCAGGUCCAUGCUCCACGAAAUAUAUUCGAAACACCUGCAUCUACGCCACAGAAGACCUUCACCGCCUAAAGAACAGACAAGAGUUUUUCCUGAACAAAUUCGACAUAGAGCAUCACCCCACGGCUUUACACUGCCUGGACCAACUCAUUUAUAAUAUAACAUUCUUGACGGCUGUGCCUCGAGCCACCAGUGGACAAACGUAUUCAACAGGCCCCAACACUUUGUCUUCUAUAAAACAUGUUUAGUCAAGAAUUAGGACGUGGAAAUAACGAACUUAUUCAAUUAUUUUGAGAAAAAAUUAUUAUUUUGGAGUCCGAAAAUAAAAUACUAUUUACAAGACACA